GUCAAGUUCAGGAGUUCGCAAGUUCAGCGAGACACCGAGGGGUUUGUUUGUUUUUGGUGGGCCACCCAACCGCCCGCGUUUGCACCUGACACCCCGCCGGCCGAGUGCCCGCGUAUCUCCACGAUGCCAAGAAGUGCUAGGAGGGUUUCAUUUGUCCUUGAGGAGGAGGUGACGGUUGGCGAGCGAGUCCCGCUGCUUGCCCGCGCCGAUGCGGAUGAAUCGAUCACCAAGGGCAUCGAGGGCGAAGGCGGGGGGGGCGGCAACGGCGGCGGCGCGUUUUCGCGGCAUCAUCAUCAUGAAGAGGAGGAGGAGGAGGACAGCGUCGUUGUCCUUGAGCAGCUUCCGGCCCUGCUCGUGCGCUCCUGCACCGUGUUCACGGCGGCGGGGUGCUGCUCACUCCUGAUCGGCACGGUGAAAAACGGACUCGUCAACAGCUUGAGUACGGUGUGGUGCAUGAUUCCCGCGGUGCUGGCGUGCGUGUGGUUCGUGUUCGAGCUGACCCGGUCCCUGCUGCGGGUGCGGCGGGUCAUGCUCCGCGAGGAGGCGCAGCGGAAACUCUCGGUCAGGAGGAUGCGCCUGCAGCUGCGCCGGAGGAGCGCCCGGGCGAGCCUGCAGCGGCAGAGAGAGGAGGAGGCCGCGGAGCGGGACAUGGAUGUUUCCGCCGCCGCUGCUGUCGCCGCCACUGCCGCCGGAAAAGCCGCGGCGGGGAGACUGGACGCCGCCGGCGGCGGUAGCAAGACGGGCAGCUCCGCUCGUGUCCGGCGGGGGCCGGCGUUGGUCGGGGCGCCGUCGUCGCGGACCCGACGCCACUCCUCGCGCGGUGAGACUCCACCCGACGGCACCGCCCCCGCCGCGGAUGUCCGCCUGGGCGCCGGCAGGAACGAAGUCGAGGAGGUGAACGAGGCCGAAGGCUGGCGGAGUAGCAGCGGCAGCGGUAUCGUUAGGCGGGGAGGUGUCGGCAAUGGCGGCGACGGGGGCGACGGCGACGGCGGCGGCGGACUCGACGAAGAAGACCGUUUGCGGCUUUCCCCCACGCAACGGACCCUGGCCCUCGGGCUACCACCGGUCGGGACCGCUUCUCCCGAUGCUUAUACGAGCGAAGAACGAAAAAGAUAUCAUGAGCCGAGGGCGGCGGCGGGGGCGACGCCCUGCAAAACCUCGUCUUACGAUGACGGCGACAAUGAAGACGACAUUGAAGCAGCCUCCACCGCCGCACGUCCUUCUCCUCCCACCGCGGGACUCAAGUGGCCGCAGGCGCCGCCGGCAACAACGUCGGGCGGCGGCGAGGGCAAAGGCGACGGUCACCGCUCCGCACAAAGGGCGGUGCGGGUAAGCGUCCUGCUGCAGGCGUGGCUGCGGCUCUGGCUCACCAUGGCGGCGUUCGGGGUGACCCUGUCCGUUUUCAUGAUCCUCCUCUCGCUGCGUCUGUUGGGGGUCUCGGCGCACUACCUCCCGGCCUUCUGGAUCGCGAGCCCGGGCCUGCUGGCCCUGACGCUCCUCGCCCUCCACUCGCUGGUGAUCCUAGACGGAAGCGGCGGGUACGGCGGGGCACCCGUGCUGCAGGUCGGCGGUAACAGGCUGGUGGUGGUGCUCGGGCGCAGGCCGAUCAUCCUCCUGACACUGCUAGCCGCAGUGCUCGUGGUUCUGAAGAUCGACAGCUUCGCCGGGGGCUCCGGAGUGGUGAUGGAGGCCAUGGAGAUGGUGCACUGGGGCUACGCCCUCCUGCCGCUGUGGGUGAUCGUCUGCAUGCUCGAGGCCGUCUACGUGGGGGCCCUGUGGGAGAACUACACGCGCAGGAGCCUGACCUUCCCGGGUCUCUUCGGGGGCGUGCGCGACCUCCGCGGGCUCGGCGGCCUCGGGUACUGGUUCUGCUGCUGCUUGGGGGGAAGGGGGGGUUACGCGGGCGACGGAGGAAAGGGCGGAGGAUGCCACUGGCAGUGGCGUCGGACAUGGUGGAGCGGCGAGAAAAACGGUGAUGACGACUUUGAGGAUCCACUUGUCAAGGAUUACGAUGAGUAUGAAGGAAAGCAGCAGCAGCAGCAGGUUGCCGGGGGGGGGACGAGCGGAAAGUUCGGCGGGGCUGGGCGGGAGUCGCCGCCCACCGACGCCCAGGCGUACGCGUCGUACUCGAGCCCCGUCCGGCAGAGGGUGGAACUGACCCCUAGCCAGCGAGCGGCCGCGAUAACGAUCUCCGUAGGGACCAUCCUGCUCACCGCCUGCCUCGUGUCCCUCAUCUCGGGGUCCACCGACGAGAAAGCCAACUGGGGGGUGCCCCUGACCAUGAUCGCGGCGACGACCGGGUUCGGCAUGGUCGGCGCAGGAGUCCGAAAGCUGGCGUUGGCGCACGACCGCAGAAUGCGCGGGCCGUUGCCGCCGUUCACGAAGCCUCUCCCCGUGUUCUUCAGCGACCAACACGGGGGUUGGAUCGCCGGCCCGCCUGACCCUCCCGUGGUGUCCAUAUUCUUGCUCGGGGACGUUCGGCUAAGGCAGGAGGGCUGAGGCGAGAGAGGAAGGGGUCCAUGGCGGCAACGGUGGGGGGUAGGGGGGCGUUUUGUGGAUGGGCGUGGAACAUGAGCUGCGCUGCGCGUGAGAAGGGGGGAGCGGGAGCGUGAGUGAGACAGAGGAGCUAUCAUAGCAUGAGAGAGAGAGAGAGA